CUGCGGGUGAAUAUUGGGGAGGUAAAAUAUGCAAGCCUUAGUGUAAUUGCUGCAUAAUGCUUUCUUAUUUCAUCUGACGGUCAUGAAGAAGUCAUGAAGAGUUUUAUUGGCGUUUAAGGUUGGUAAACUGUCUUUUGAUAUAACGCUCACUGCGUCCUUUUUUCCUUCUAAUCAGUGUCGUUGCUUCGGUUUGUUAUUAUAAGAAACAGUAAGGAAAAGACGGUGCGAAAUAGAAAUUAUAAUUUCUGGGAGAGAUUCAUCAGUGAACUAAUGUCAGACGUUUGCGACGCCAUACAUCACAUGGAAAAGAGUUGUUUGGUUUUUUGUUAUGUAGAAGCGAAUUAGAUAAGGACCCAUGAAGCGCAUUCUACAAUUCCGUUCUAAUAGGCACGCAACUGAGACAAAAAUAUUUAUUUGAAGAGAAAAAAUGAAAUAUAUUACGAAUUAAAGUGUAAUCUCAGGGGCACCAAGUGCCGACUGUUUUCUGUGAAAUAUCUGUUCGGAGAAGCAAAAAUCGCCUAGAAUUUGUUAUAGAUUCAGGGGCACCCAACGAAAAUAUAGUUCAAAACCACUUAAACAUAGCAUUGUUAAACGUAUUUUAGUAUUUAAACAGUAGAUAUAAACAUAACCAGUUAUAGUGGAAGCUUUCAGCGGAUUAGUUUAAAAUCUUUUGGCGCCAAAUACAGCGUUAGCUAUGGGUGAAAACAUUUAAAAUAAACUAAACCUCUACCGCAUUAUUUCUUUUAUCUUUUGCUGGACACAGUCAAGUCUGUGACAAAAUAAUAGCCGUCGCGUGUCAUACUCAAUUUCUCAUUCUUUUUCUUUGGCGGGUACUAAGACAACAGAAUAUUUUAGUAGUUUCUUGGUGCUACGGACAGGUGCAAUCACUGAAUGACGUCAUACAAAAGGUUGAAAAGACAACGAAAAAUACCCACGCCACAAAACAAAGGCGAACCAACAAUAGAGUGUUUUCACAUGACGUCACGGCGGCCAUAUUGGUGUCCCAAAACAAUGAAACGGCGGCCAUGUUGGUGUCCCAAACCAGUCCUGUGGGAGUUGAACUCCUUUCUUAUGCAAACGCUUUCUUUUGUUCCAAUAAAUUUGCAUAGAUGCUGACCACGUGAGUGAAAACACUCUAUAGUUGCCGUAGAAAAAUGCCGCAGAAAACAACUACUAAAUUAAAGUUUUUGUCACCGUAAAAACCUGUUCUUAGUUUCUGAAUUAUGUUAGUUCAACGAGUCUUGAUAUUGCUUUGAAAGUAUCUUCUAGUGAAAGAAGAAGAGUUGUUCUAUUGAUGGAAAGCGUCCAAAUUUCUCCUUGCGGCUUUAUUUGCGAACGCGAGGAGAGUUGAUGUUAGCAAAUUUCGGGUUGAAAAUACGGCCACAAAACAAAAGCAAACCAACAAUGGUUUCCCGUAACAUCCAGAAAUACUCAACAUUUUCGCCACUUUCACUUUCCAUCGCUCGUGUAAUUUUUGGUUUUAUCCAUUAACACUGUAUUUUAGCAAAUGAAGUCAACUCUGAAACACAAAUCAUGAGAGGGAUCAAUUCAAAGGAACAUUUUUUGACUUGCACAAGUUGCUAACCAUCGAGGUAUUGAAAAUCGGUAAUGUUGAUUUUGAAACUAAGGGUAAAAACCCUACUUAAUAUUUUAGUAGUUGAUCGAACUUUCUGUUUCGAAAAGAAUGUUUGUUCCACGUUCACUUCAUGUAGAUAAGAUGAAUGCUGGAUGAAUGCAAGUUCCGUCGCUAGCCGCCUCUGCAGAGAAGGGUGAGUGUCUUGAUCUACUAGUACAUGCUUUUUAGGAAAUCAAGCGCAGCGAGCUGAGGUGACAUCUUAAACAGUCUUUUCUGGUUUUAAUAUCUGUGAUAGGAAUAACAAGAUGGCAUUAUUCUAGCGUUGUUAUGUGCCUCCCACACUAUAAUGAAUUGAAAUGGAGCAUAUCAUAUUCUACAAAGCUAAAGAGCGUCCAAAAUGACUUUAAAAAAUAUAAGUGCUAUAUAAAUGCCUUACGUUUGCGGACUAGGACAAAAUAAUAGUGAGCGAUUUCCUAAACAAUCGCCGAUGUCAGGUGCAAGCUUGUGAUUUUUAACCGCCUAAAGUCUGCUUUUCUGGAUUCCUCAGUCAUUCACACAGGAUAUUGGUCAGUUCCAUUCUGCUCUGAUGCAAAUUGGCGGAUUAUAGUUUCAUAAAGAUCAAUUUCCAUGUAGUAAAUAUGGAGCAAGGCGACUUCUGUCAAUGUCGUCUGUGAAAAGACUUUAACGUGGAAAGUUUUUUCGUAUUAUUAUUAAAAACAUAUUUGUCAUGAAUAAUGUAAAUUUCUGUAAACGGCAGAAACCGGUAGGAUCCCCGCUUGCAUUGGAUACAAACAUCACGAUAAAUUAACUUAGUGAUAUAACUGAAUCUUAAAGCAUUCCGCCAUGGAGAGAAGUGCAAACACAGGUACAAAAGAAAAUGGCGUCACAUCAGCUACCGAGGAAACACUUCAGUUUGAUGAUAGCACUUUAAGAGGUGGGAAUUUUAAAUACUAUUUUCUUUCUGUAAUAAAAUAUUAACGACGAAGGAAUUGUUCUCGGUUUUAUAGAUACCAAUGUAUAAGCCUUUAUCUCCUUGUCAGUUGUGGGGCUUUAAUAUUAUUAUCAGUUAAAACCUUGAUUAAUUAUAUGAAGCUGUAUCAGAUUCGUAAACUUAAAUUGCAAUGUUCUGAUUUGGUUUCUGGUAGCAGAAAUGUUGUAAUGGGAUUAAAGUAAAUUGCACAUGGAAAUAGAACUAAAUUCUGACUGAAAACCUAAAUUAAAGUUACAAUAUUAAAAAUUUGCUCCUUUGUAGCUAUUGCUGAGGUUUACAAGAAUGAGGGUAACGAUGAAUACAACAAGAAGAAUUUCAACAAUGCCAUUAAUUACUACACUGAAGGAAUUAAAGUGAACUGUAAGGAUAAAGAUCUUAACGCCAAACUGUACAGCAACAGAGCGGCAGCACAUUUUAAUUUGGGUAAGAAGUUGUAACAAACAUGUCGAGCAUUUAAAACCCUCCUACACUGCAAUUUUUGACGUUUGAACAUUUGACAUUUUGACAUGCAAAACGUUUCCUCUGUCUUUCCGCCGUAUUUCACUGCUCGCUGGCUUUUUUCGCUUCUCUACACUGACCAAGAGCUUGGCACGGGCUAGCUAUAAACCGAUGGAAAAAAACGUGGUGCAUAAUUUACAGUACGGAUCUCAAUCUGGGCUAAUUAGAGGUAUUUUUAUUUUUUCUAUUGAAAAUUAGCAUCGUUGAAUGGUGCACGCAGAAAAUUUCUAAGUUAUUAGUUUAGUGGUUGUUACGUUAGCACGUUUUUGCAGUGGCGCUAGCCGUACUGACUAAUCGUAUCCCUCCCCUUUUUUCUGUUUAACUUACCUGGGUUAUUACAAAGUGUGUUCUGUAUUUUAUUUCCAUAGGCAAUUACCCUGAAACAGUGAAUGAUGCAAAAGUUGCCAUUGAAUUGCAACCACAUUUUCCGAAAGCUUUUGUGAGAGGUAAGAGUUUUAACUCUUACAAAACCUUUAAAAGUCUUGUUUCUGAUACAACUGACGUCUGAGGAUACAAACCUUGAACCUAUGGUAUACCGCAGGGGGGUGGAGGGGGGGGGCAGAAGAGUUUUGGGGGGAUCUCAAAUUUCUUUUGAAAAGGGAAAAGGGGGGAUUUGCCAAAAUUUUUGACAGACAAAGGCGGGAGGGUUGCAAUUUUUUUUCUCCUCUUAUCAAAAAAGGAAGCAUUAUUUUUGGAUUUUUUUUUUAAAUAAAAAAGGCAAUUCCAACUACUCUAUGCUCGAAGAACGUUUCUUAGCUCGCUUUAUAAAUAUACUCUUCACGGGACUUUCAUUACUAAUAUCAAAGUCAAGUGUUUUUAUUGUAAACUGGUUGCCUUUUAGUCAACAGCAACUACAAAAUUUUAAUGAAAAGUUCAAUCUUCCUUUAACUGAAAAAUUGCCAAUGUUUCAGUGUUUAGCAGCAGCCACAGAAAUCAAGAUUAAUGAAUGGACUGAAAUAGAGCUCUAAAACCUAACAUAAUAGACAUACAAAGUAUUUUAUAAUUAGUAUUCCUAGGCCAAAAAGUUAACACUGAUUGUGUUAGUGCUUGAAAGCUCAAAAAGCAUGCACAAAUUGAAAAACGUGUCACUAGUUUUAAGUUUGCUGACGAAUGUUAUUAAACUGUAGAAAUUUAAUGCUUGACAACACAUUGCAACUUUCUUUGUGAAGGCAUGUUGUAAACUUCACCAUUGUCACCAAAACUCUCAGUACCUUCUUCAUUUCCACCACCAUCCUCAUCAUCAUUAUCAUUGGAAGCAUUAAUAACAUCGUCGUUCCCAUCAUCAUGAUCGUCAUCAUCAACGUAAUAAUAAUAAUAAUAAUAAUAAUAAUAAUAAUAAUAAUCUCAUCAAAAUAAUAAUUUCAUCAAAAGAUAAAAAUACACAUCUUUUGUUACAAGUAAGUGUCAGAAAUUUAACAUCUAGUAAAAAGUGUAAAAAGGUAAAACGCAUAGUGUCAAUCUUAGGUUUAAAACAAGUUUCUUUCCUAAGAUUAUAACUGGACGGUUUAACACGACGCAUAAUAGAUAAAAAUAGAUGUCCUUUAGUAUUCGGAACUUUUCCGAAACUUUUACGGUCUUGCCUCUCUAACAAAUCAUAAACACUUUCAGGCUUAGACGUAUAUCUUUUAAAACAGCGGUAUAAGAAACAUUGUACAGGUGUAAGGUCGGACUCGGACGCGGCGUAGACAGAUAAUGCGUAAUUAAUAUUAAGUAGAAUUAUUGUAUUAAGGAGGAGGUCUAUUUCUGACAGAUUGUACCCCUCUUUGCGCAGCGUUCUAAGGAUAUGAAGGAAUUUCGUCGCUUUAAUAAGUUUUUUCUUCACGUGCACUGAAAAUUUGCUGUCCCAUUGGAAGGUGACCCCCAAAAUGUCUACUUCUUUACAGCUUGCUAUCAUCCCAGUAGGUGAAAAGAGAUCCCAGUUGUCUCUCUUUUUGA